GCUCAUUGUUUGAAGUGCUUGAAGUAUUAUGCGGCGCAGCCUGGCUUUGAUGUCAAUUGUGAGUCGCCGAGAGCGAAAAGCACACGUGCGGCUGGUGUUUUGGUCCCUAGAAAUCCAGCUGUGACUUUGGCGCUGGAAGAUGUCAUGAGACCUGCUGGUUGUGGCGCCUUCAAAGAUGUUUUCGUUUUGGACGACCAUCUCUUGGUGGUAAAGAUGAUGCUGAAGGAUCGCAAUCUUAACACGUGGGCAGAUCGAGGUGCAGAAGAAGAGCAGGCGCGGUUUGAGAAAUACGGUGACAUCCUUUCCAGCCGGAUGGCAUUUUGUUAUGGCCAGGUGUAUCUUCAAAGUAGCCGUCCAGCUGGCCAGGGUGGUAUUUUGUUCCAAGGAAUCAGUUUCUGCAGUCAAAAAGUGCCGCACUUGUCGGCUGCCAAUGCGGUUGCGUCCAUCACCGUGCAAGAGAAGCUGAUGGCGGUCGGGCUGGAGAAGAUGCGGUUACUGUUUCCCAAGCAACAGUGCGUGACACACUGUUGCUUGGAAGACAGUAACCGCAUCUUCUCCAGCUCGGACUUCGAUGAGCAGUAUCUUCUAGGAAAGGUUACAGGAAGGAAAAGAAAAAAGACGAUCACCGAGAACAAGCGGAUGGAAUGCAAAUUUCUUUUUGCCGCCGAGGCUCAUUGUUUGAAGUGCUUGAAGUAUUAUGCGGCACAGCCUGACUUUGAUGUCAAUUGUGAGUCGUGCGGGAAAGGUGCUCGUGGUUGGGCAGAAUCAAAUACGACUUACAACAUUCCCAGGGAACUAGACGCGUGGCUCCGUGACAAGAACCUGUACAAGUGUGUGUUAGCAAAAGAAAAAGACAACAGCUUUGUAGUGGACAGAUCAUGGUGUUUUCUCAAACAUGUAGUCGUUGAAAAAUUGGGACAUAUCACUUCCUCUUCCAAUUGUGCGGCCAUGUCGGUGGAAGCACUUCGCUCGUAUAGGCUCAUGGAGGCCGAGAUCACGGAUCUCGAGAUAACAUGGCGAAAGUCUUCCAAAAGAGCGCCGGCCCAAGCUUUGAUCCUCGGAGCAAACGUGCGGCUGGUGUUUGGGUCCCCAGGGGAUCCGGCUGUGACUUGGACGCUGCGAGAUGUCAUGAAACCUGCUGGUUGUGGCGCCUUCAAAGAUGUUUUCGUUUUGGACAACCAUCUCCUGGUGGUGAAGAUGAUGUUGCAGGAUCGCAAUCAUGACACGUGGGCACAUGGAGGUGCAGAAGAAGAGCAGGCGCGGUUUGACAAGUACCGUGACAUCCUUUCGAACCGGAUGGCAUUUUGUUAUGGCCAGGUGUAUCUUCAAAGUAGCCGUCCAGCUGGCCAGGAUGGUAUUUUGUUCCAAGGAAUCAGUUUCUGCAGUCAAAAAGUGCCGCACUUGUCGGCUGCCAAUGCGGUUGCGUCCAUCACCGUGCAAGAGAAGCUGAUGGCGGUCGGGCUGGAGAAGAUGCGGUUACUAGUUUCCAAGCAGCAGUGUGACGCCGAGACGUGGUCCGAAGUCUGCCAGGAGUACAUGAGCAUGUUGGAAGUGUUGUUCGAGUUCAUGAGAGAAGGCAUUUUUCCGUGGGACGCAAAGCUGGACAACUUGGGCAUCGCGCAGAGGGGCGUGCGCGGCAAGUGGGUGAUGUGCGAUCUGGAUGGUUUGCGUGCCGUGGGCGAGGAAGACAAAUACAAGAAUUUGGGAAAAGGGAUGAGAAUGAUUUUCCAGAACCUUGUCUGGCAGGAUCACGGAUUCAUUGACGGACUGCAGGCAAAUGGUUUGAUGCGGGAUCCUUGGCAUGAGCAAUUCCUGAAAUUGCUCGACCUGGUCUCCACCCACCUCGUGCAUAAUCAAUUGUGCAAUCGGUAUUCAGAUCGGACAAGCUUCCACGAACACAGGCUGCCGGUGCUUCUUCAAGCUCUUCUUUUCAUCCCGGCGUCGCUCAGCAAGGAACAGGUGCUGGUUCGCAGUCGAAUUCGACCAACGCUGCGGCAGGCAGGUCUUGAUGUGACCUGCAAAUCUUGUAACAUGAGUGCUCGCGAAUGGGCUGCCAGUUCCUUGGGUGGCCGGAAGCGUGUGCUGCGCACGGCAGACGAGGCAUCCUUGGAAGUUGUCGAGGAAGCUGCCCGAGAUAUCAUGGCCUCUUAUCCACAGCCUCCCACGGACACCAGUGAAGAAGAACAUUUGCGUGAACUGCAAGGAUUAGUGCUGGAGUUUGGGGAUUGGAAGUGUUGUGAUUCCCGUGACAGACAGCACAUGUUGAUCUCAAGGUUUAGAACUCUGUUUCUGAAUUUGGGAUGCAACGAAAAGUCGUGCAAGGAAGUUUCGUUGCCUUAUUUGGAGAAGGAGCUGGAGAAUCUGGAAUCGCGCGGUGACUCAGAUCCGACACCGUGCUGCGAUGCUCCACAUUGCAAGGACUUCGAUGAGCAGUAUCCUCUGGGACAGGUUACCGGAAAGAAAAGAAAGAAGACGAUCACCGAG